CUUCCGGGGGCGGCAGCUGGAGCAGGUCGGCGUUCAUGGCCAGGUCCUUGAAGCUGGUGUGGGCUUCCUCUCGGCGUCAAAGGUUCCACACCGGUGGGAGCUGCUUCAAGGGCCGGACCGGCGCUGAGCGCCUGUGGCUGAUGCGGCAUUUGAGGGACCCGUUUGUGAAGGCUGCGAAGGUGGAGAGUUACAGGUGUCGAAGUGCCUUCAAGCUCCUGGAGGUGAACGAGAGGCACCGGAUUCUGCGGCCUGGCCUCCGGGUGUUAGACUGUGGCGCCGCUCCUGGCGCGUGGAGCCAGGUGGCUGUGCAGAGCGUCAAUGCUGCAGGCACAGAUCCCAGUAUUCCUGUUGGCUUUGUGCUGGGGGUAGAUCUCCUUCCCAUAUUCCCCCUGGAAGGAGCAACUUUUCUGUGCCCUGCUGAUGUGACUGACCCAAGAACCUCCCGGAGAAUCCGAGAACUGCUUCCUGCUGGGAGAGCAGAUGUGAUUCUGAGUGACAUGGCACCCAACGCCACAGGGAUCCGGGCCCUCGACCACGACAGGCUCAUCAGCUUGUGCUUGUCCCUUCUGGACAUGGCUCCAGAAGUCCUGCACCCUGGGGGAACAUUCCUGUGUAAAACCUGGGCUGGAAGUCAAAGCCAUCGGUUACAGAAGAGACUGACAGAGGAAUUCCAGAAAACAAGGACUGUAAAACCUGAAGCCAGCAGGAAAGAAUCAUCAGAGGUGUACCUCUUGGCCACACAGUACCGAAGAGGGAAGGGGGAAGGUCUGUGAAGGAAUGAGUUUCUUCUGCUGUUUCUGGUUCUUUUUCACUGCAGAUGUAGCUUGAGCCCUUUCCUGAAGUGUGGCUGGGGAGAUCCCAGCUUGAUCUGGGAUGCAGCGGGCAGGACAAAUGGGGGACCUUUUUUUAAGCCCAAAAGAUAUGACAAAACUGUAUUCAGUGUCCAAGACAUGAUAAAAAAGUCUCUGUAACAUGAUUCGUGAAGAGGAAGAGAUAGGCAAAGAUUAAAGGAUGAAAAGGCAGACUGAGGGAGGGAUAAAAACACUCGGAGGCAGAGAAACAUACACACGGACACCUUUAUGUAACUUUCUCUUCAUACCCACGUUAGUAUGUUACAGAGAAACAGGCUUCCACCCUUGCUCCGAAACAACCCACAGGUUUCCAGGUGUUAUUUUGGGUUUACCGUGUAAUGUAGAAAAAAAUCUGAAGUUUCAGUCUGGGGAUUUGUGUCCAUCUCUCUGGCGAAUGAUCUGGAAAUACACCCAUUCUUCAAGCAGUGAGAGUUCUCAGAACAAUUAGGGAAGACAUUUGGUAUGAAUUAUGCAUGGGGUGGGUGUGCUUUGUUUUUUCACUGGAAUUGUUGCUGUAAUACUCCAGCUUCCAAAGACUUAAAGGUAAGUGCCAAAGCAAGCAGAGACGUGGUGUGUUCGUUUAUUUCCUUUUACUCUUCCAGGAACUCGAUGCAACUUUACAAAACAAUAUAGGCCGUAUUAUUUUAUGGAAUUUCCAUGUUUUUAAGUUCGUCUUUUGAAAAAUUAAUUUCUUCAAAACCAUUUCCUAGAGGUGUGCUCAUCUCUUAAGAAGAGUUUAUUGAUUGUAAUGAUGAUUAAAUGUGUAGACCGAAAAAAAAACCGCACCACCUAAAAGUUGAGUUAUGUUUUAUUUGGUGGACAAAACAGGACUUAAGCCCAGACACAGCAUCUCAGAUAACUCUGAGAGAUUGCUCCAAAGACGCAAGGGGGGAGCCAGGAUCUAUAGGAGUUUUAGCAGCAAAGACCAGGUAGUUGGAACAUCAGAUGAUCACUGUUAACAAAAGAAAAGCAAGACAUCUCAAGGAAUUUAGUGCUUUUCUACGUUUGGGAAGAUGCCAGAGUCGGGGCUCACUGAAAUCAUUCCUUUGAUGUGCGCCUCAGCUCUCUGGGGCCAGCGUCCUAUGUUUUCUCUUCCUGAGUUUCCUCGGUGUGCCGUUGGGGAGGCAGGUGGUGGCUGCAGUCUGACGGCGGGCAUGCUGUUUCCAUCCCGAGUUCCCUGGGCUCACCCUCGGCGGUGGCUGUAGUGGCUGGUGACCGGAACGUCUUUUACUUACUGAUACGGCAGGUAGCAGUUUUAGUUCACAAAUCCGAAGGAUCGCUGGGGGAAGGAAUAGAUACCCAGGAAUCUCCAUAGGGUCCUACGGUAGUCCAGAUCACUGAAGUAGGCUGCAGGCCCGACUUUUAAAAUUUUGUUUCAUUUGCGCUCGCAGUCCGCUAAUGUAGCCCAGAGAGCCUCCUGUCCUGCUUGCACCUCCCCAUCCCGUUUCUUUCCGGCCACACAAACUUGUGUUUUAUUCUCUGGAAGAAGGGAAUUCGGUGCAGACCCUCGGGCGCUUAGCAGGGGGCGGGGAGGAGGAGGGGCCGGUGAGACCCGUUAGUGGACGCAGAUUGCUGUGGUUCCAGGAGGGACCUGCUGGCUGUGGGCUGACCUCGCCCCGCUCUGCCGUUGCGCCCUGGAGAACUGGGACCCAGACGACGGCAUCGCGCCCCGACAGCUCACAGGGCGCUGGGAGGGUAGCUUAGUAGCCCGGUUUUUCGCGUUGUUUUAGAGGGCCAGGGGAAAGUAAAAAAGGCAUUCAUUCAAGCAAAUGCUGUAGUGGCAAAAUCUGCGGACUAGGCCGGCGGGCAGGAAAGUUUGGCCCUGCAAGGCCACCGUUGGCCGGUGCUGUUCCCCACAAUACGGUGCGAGGCAGCCGCCCAGUGGAAGCCUGACCCGCGGAGGCCGGGGCCACCAAGAUAGUCCCACGGGCUGGCCUUUGGUUCCCAGUCCUCUCCGAGCGGGGUCUCCUGCGGGUGGGUGGUUAUGGGGACGAACACGAAGGCCCCAGGACCCGUUGGUGCGCGGACC